AUGAGCUCUUUUGAUAUACAGUACGUGUGCAGAGGCUACAAUUAUCUCUUCCCUCGAGUUGAAUUAAGGUGAGUUUUAAAACGUUGCUUGGUCAGUUGCAGUUCUACUGAAUUCGUAGAAAAUUCGAUUCAUAGUAACUGCUGAUCAAGCUUUGCAAUUAAUUGACAAUGGGCCCUGUGAUCUAUGUUCACGUCACAUAGAUGAAAGGUACCUCUAGUUUCAACGUUUUUUCUUUUGUUUAAAAAUAUGAUAACAAUAAUAAAAAAGACAUCAAGCUGUUGUUGCAGGAUAAGAGAUUGUUAAGAGAAUUCCUAUUCAGAGGUCACAAGGCCCAUACAAUGGAUUAUAAUACUUAAUUAUUAUUAUUUUUUUGCUUAUUCUUAUUUAUUUUUGCCAGUGUUGGCCGGGACUCCUCUUCUUUGACAACAUUAACUGUUAUUCCAAUCUUAUGUCAUUUCACCAUACUAAGUGACUACCAAGAGAAUGUGCAAAUUCUGUAUUGCAAUGUACAAUCCCAGUUUGAAGUGAGCAAAGAUCAAUGGAAUUCUCUAGGGGUGUUGUAAUAGUUUUGGAAAUCCUUGGGGAAUAGUCUUAAACAUUGGAGUUAUUUAGGGUAAACAAAGAAUUCAUGGAAUUUUAUUAGGAAAAAAAGUACUGUUCAGUAAGUUCCUCAGGGGUAAAUUCAUAUCUUAAGGAAGUCUCCCGGGUGAAUGCAGUCUAAUAGAAUUCCUCAGGAGUAAGAAGGAAGUUUAUUAUAUGUUGUCAACCAGGAAGAGGGUGUAGCUAUUAAAUGUGAUGGCCCAAUUUUUUUCUGCCAUUGAAGGAGGACAAAGCACACACAAUGACUGCAGACAACAGCAUGCAAGGACUAGACAAAGCAAACAUGAUGUGAUUUUAUCUAGUUGGAUAGUAAAUCUUUUAUUCAAUGGUUUACAUUGUAAAAGUAUAAUGGACAUGGGUGUUUUGCUCAUUGCUUGCCUAUACAUGAAACCAUCCAACACAUGAUUGAUAGAAUUCACAUACAAAAGUUAUUCAAAAUAACUAAGAAUCACGAAUCACCAGUGCCACUAACAAAAGGAGGGAUACAACAAUCUGUUAGUAUGCCAAGUUGUGGUGGUUUCUUUUUGCAUGACCUUGUAUUAAUUUUGUUUUUUCUGGCUUGACUGUUCAUUAGCCACAGGCAUGUGACUCAUUGUUUGUGAUAAAUAAACAAUUUUUUUCCUCCAAAAGGAUUCAUCAAAGAGAAGAGAUUCUCCUAAGGCUUAAAAUUCACAUCCAAUUUCUUCCUUACAUCCUUGGAAGUUGUAAAAAUUGGCAAUUUUUCCAUCUCUAAGUUAUUAUUUUUUUUUGUAACAGCUGAGAAAAAAAGUUCUGUCUCUGCUGUUUAUUGAACUGAUCAAACCAGAGAAAGAAGCUUUCAAUGUAUGUCAAGUUUUAAAUUUACACAAUAUUUCUUGUACAGCCACAAUAACCUAAUCAAUAUACUUUGUUACAGGUGUAAUUAUUAUUUUAUAUUAAUGUAAUAUAAGGUUUCCUGAAAGAAUUGCUUCAUCUACUGUAAAGAGGGUAAAGGUUUUGGCUCACAACAGGAAGACUUGUUUUGAUAUCACAUGAGUUUAAUAAGUGUUUGUGUUUUUCUGGUUGCAUUCAAAGCACAACCAUUUUGUUGUUGGAUGGAAUGCAGAUUCAGGGAUAUUAGCAAAAUCUGGAUGGUACCACUCACAGCAUCCACAACACUUGACAUAA